UUCAAAUUUGGAGAGGGAAUUUAUUCACAUUAUAGGUGCGUCUAACAUGGUCUUAUCCUGAGCAGGCACUAAAGGGAUGAAACUACAAUAUAAAUAGCUCCUGCCUGAUACCAGUGUCAUCAAGACUUGGGAAGGUACAGAAAUAAGAAGGAAAACGACACCUGGAAACUCCAAUAAAAAGCAACAAGGGAGUGAAAUGAUCAUGAAUGUGAAAAAGCAGCUGUGGUCUCUGGCCCGGAUAGUCCUGCCUGGUGUGGGAUUUGCGUUGACGUGCAUCGGGGCCUACCUGGUGUCCCUGCAGACCGAGUACCAACACACAUGGAAGGUCAUCCCAGGUUAUAUCGUGAUUGUCUUCGGCUUCCUGGCCAUGCUCGUCGGGGUCUUCUGGACCAUCUGCCUCAGCAUGAAGAGUAAGAUAUACCACAGGGGAAGACAUGAACAGCACAUCCACAUCUACACUAUUGAAAGACCGAGCUCCUUUCCUCCAUCAUAUGAGGAGUCCCAGGGAAGCCAAGUCUCUCCUGAUACAGUCCCUGAGACUGUGGUUGUGGUCGACGGAGUGGAUGUUGUCAUGGGUCUCGCUCCUCCGCUGUACAGCCAGGACAGCUCAGAGGCCCCGGACUGCACGUGGAGCUGGGAGCAGCCUCCGAAAUACACUCAGUUCGAGUGUGUUCAGCAAGAGCAGGGACAGGGACUAACUGUCUGAGAGAAAAGGGAGAAAUGCCGAUUAUAGAAAGGCAUGACUUCUAGACUGAGAUGAAAGAGAAAGUUCCAGAAGAAAAUGGGAAAGGGCUUGUAUUGCCGGAUUGUUCGGCUGGCAAACGAUGGACCACAGAGUCGUGUUGACAUCACCUGUGAGCCAUGAAUCUACACCCAGCGCCCAAACUCUGAACUCUAAUGUCUGACCGGACUGCUAACAGGCCGGUUUCAGCCCAGAGGUAUUAAUAGAGGAACGGUCUGUAGAGUUAAACUGUGGUUUUGUGCUGAUGUUACUCAAAUGGUUUUGUCUCUGGUUUCCUAAAACAAGGACAAGCUUCACAUUUGAACUGCAAAACUGUUGACAAAUAACAGAGGACGAUAUUAUUCCAGUUGGAUCCAUGGAAGUCUGAAUGGACAGAUGGAUUUUUACCUGCACUGUAGUUCAAUUUGUGAACUAUUAAAAUCAAACACUCCUGUAUGUUUACAAGUAUAAUACCACUCUGUGUAUAGAGGUGAGUGAUGUUACCCCUGUUCUAGGGUUGUUUGUAUUAUGGAAUAAAAAUAUCUGCACUGUGUCAUUAUAUUGCUUGUGCUCAAAAUGUUUCUUCCUCAAU